AUGACGCAGUUAGAUGAGGCGUUUUCGAACGGUUGGGCGAUCGACACAGCGCCUGACCUGAAGAACUGUGAUAAAGACUAUCACCCGGUUUUUAAAGCGUUUCUCGCUGGAUCGUUCUCCGGUACUUUCAGUACGAUACUAUUUCAACCAUUGGAUUUAGUAAAGACGAGGCUUCAGAAUUCAUCGCACAAUGUUGUUGCAACGACGGUCGACGGCCGAGUUCAACCCGGCAUGAUUACCACUUUCGUGAACAUCAUACGCCAGGAGCAGAUAGUUGGAUUAUGGCGCGGGAUGGUCCCGUCUAUAGCUCGAUGUGUGCCCGGCGUAGGACUAUACUUUUCGUCCCUCCACUGGUUGAAAACCAAAUUGGGAAAGAAUAGGCAGGACCUGGCUGCUGUAGAAGCGAUUGCAUUAGGCGUUAUAGCAAGGACUAUGAGCGGCGUUGCUUUGAUACCGAUCACUGUUAUUAAGACUAGAUAUGAAUCCGGCGUUUACAAGUAUAACAGUGUAAGUGGUGCACUUAAAGCUAUAUACAAAGCGGAAGGAAUUAGAGGUCUGUCUUGUGGCUUAGGACCUACGUUAGCCAGGGAUGCACCGUUCUCUGGGUUAUACCUAAUGUUUUACACGCAGACAAAGCAGGCUGCACCAAAAGAAUGGCUUCAAUCACCCACUGCAGCUAGCGGCAUACAUUUUACGUGCGGGAUAGUAGCGGGGAUCGCUGCAUCCCUUGUGACGAACCCAGCAGAUGUUCUCAAAACGAAGAUGCAAUUAUAUCCAGAUAAAUUCCCCAACGCGUUCAGCGCUGCGAUGUAUGUUCACCAGACUUAUGGCUUUCUCGGAUUCUUCAAAGGAGCAGUUCCAAGAAUGGUCCGCAGAAGUCUGAUGGCUGCAAUGGCUUGGACUGUUUUCGAGGAAAUAACUAGAUCUAUUGGCUUAAAAUAA